UAUGCCCAACUCUCUCUUAGUUAGUCAUUUAACCCAGAAAAAAAAAAAAAAAAAAAAAAUUAAAAUUGGCAGCUCUAAGCAUGAUCGUCUCCCACAACCGCACACCUCACGUCCCCAACUUUGCAACAGGCCACCGGCGAAUACAGUAGCCACCUCACCUACAGGAGCACACUGCACUCCGCUCAGAUCGUCACCGGCACCCACCGAAGUAGCGCCGAUCUCCCACCGAACACGUCGACGGCAACCCACAUUCGGUCAGAGCAACCCAACCACCAUAGGCAGCACUACAGGUCUUGUUGGUAGUUACUUGGGCUGACGUAAAUAAUGGUUUGUGGAUUGUCCACCAGGUUGUUGAAUAUAUGUAUAGCUUCAUUUUGUAAAGCGCAGCAAUUGGAAAAAGCUGGGGCGGUUAUCAUUGAUGGUAUAAGAUUAGGGGUAUUUCCAGAUGUGAUAACUUACAAUACACUGAUUGAUGCACAUUGUCGUUUUGUCAGCACUGAUGCAGCCUAUUCAAUACUUCAUAGAAUGAGAGAAGCUGGGAUAAGUCCAGAUGUUGUUACAUACAAUUCUCUGCUGGCUGGUGCCGCCAGGAAUUGCUUAUUGUCACGAUGUUUGGAUCUGUUUGAAGAAAUGCUUCAAGCAGGUAUACAUCCUGAUGUGUGGAGUUACAACACUUUGAUGCAUUGCUUCUUUAAAUUGGGAAAACCGGAUGAAGCAUAUAGGGUUUUCCGGGAUAUUAUACUUAGCAAUCUUUCUCCUGAUCCAGCUACAUUUAACAUAAUGAUCAACGGUCUUUGUAAAAAUGGAUAUACAGAUAAUGCCCUUGGGUUAUUUAGGAAUUUACAACGUCAUGGGUUUGUUCCCAAAUUAGUGACUUAUAAUAUUCUAAUUAAUGGGCUUUGCAAGGCGGGCAGAUUAGGGGCCGCAAGGAGGAUCCUCAAGGAGCUUGGGGAAUCUGGUCAUCAACCAAAUGCCAUAACCUACACUACAGUUAUGAAAUGCUGCUUUAGAUCUAGGCAGUUUGAACAAGGGCUUGAUAUCUUGUCGGAGAUGAAGAGUAAAGGCUAUACAUUUGAUGGCUUUGCAUACUGCACUAGUGUUGGUCCUUUAGUUAGGACGGGAAAGAUAAAAGAGGCAAAUGAUUACAUGGAGCAGAUGGUCAGGAAUGGGAUUGAGCUUGAUUUAGUGUACUAUAACACCCUAAUUAAUCUAUAUUGUAAAGAAGGUAACUUGGAAGCUGCUUUUAACUUGUUGGAUGAGAUAGAGAAAGGAGGUUUGGAAUUCGAUAAGUAUACCCACACAAUUAUAAUUGAUGGAUUGUGCAAGGCUGGGAAUAUUGAAGGGGCACAACGACAUUUGAAUUAUAUGAAUACCAUGGGCUUUGAAUCAAACUUGGUUGCCUUCAACUGUGUGAUUGAUGGAUUGUGUAAAGCUGGUCAUAUUGAUUAUGCAAUGAAAUUGUUUGAAUCUAUGGAGGUUAAGGAUUCGUUUACCUACACCUCCUUGGUGCACAACCUUUGUAGGGAAAGGAGGUUCCGUUGUGCAUCCAAGCUUUUGCUCUCUUGCGUAAAAGGUGGCAUGAAAAUACUCAAGUCGACCCAACGUGCUGUCCUUGAUGGUCUCCGCUGUUCUGGGUUUACAAGUGAAGCAAGGAAGCUUCGAUCAAAAAUUCGAUUGGGUCGCUUGUUACACUGAUGAUUUUCAUAUGAUUUUUCAAGUGCUAUCCUGUUUGGAUCAAGAUCUUAGCAAGCACCAUGUAAAUGCCAUUGUUUUAGAUGUUGGUUGUUAUGGACUAAAUAAGCCUUUUACUGAGAAACAGAUUACCUAUCAGUUAGUGGACAGUGAGAAAGUACGUGUUGCUGUACCUGCAUUGCAUAUCUUACAUUCUCUGUGGCGAUGCAUGUGAGUAGAAGACUUUGUUAAAAUAACUUUGGCAUGUUCAAAGAAAAGUGGGCACAUCUAGGAAGUCUAUUAUAAGGUUAGCUGUCGGUCAUGACAGUUGCUUAGAGUUCAUGGACUCAAAGGAAGAUCAUUGACGUUGUUUAGACUCAGUGUGGAUGGACUUGAGGCUCUCCAUGUCCUUCUUCUCUAAGUGGAGUUGGUGUAUUAGGGGCUAUUUUUGUUCUCUUGGGACCAUCUUUGCUCAGCACUCUAAAGUCAGAGGAGUAAAAUAGAGGUGGUUUUGUCCAUGUGGAAGAUUAUGAUGAUGAAGAUGACAAUGAGGAUGAGGCUAAUGGUUAGACAAUAUUUUGAUGCAGCUGAUUUUAACACUUCGAAAUAGUCUAAGGGAGACCUUCGUUCGAUUUGCACAGGUGCGUAAAUGGCAUUAUUGAAGUGUAAUUCAUGAACUUGAAAGUUCAUAUAUGAAGGUGUCUAGGAAUUUUCAGAAUGCUUUUUUAUUAGAUUAUGUAUUUUUUAAGUAAUCCAACGGCAAAUUUUAUUGCUUAUUUUAAAUUUUGUAGGUGUUCGUUCGAUCUAAGACAAUUAAAUCAUAUAA